CGCAAACUAGAGAAACUUCGCCCUCGUUAAGGAGUCUUGUCAGGGUCUCGAUGCUUCAGUGGAGUCCCGCCUCUGAAGACGAACCUGCUGGAUCGAGUUCAGGUAUAAAACGCAGCCAUGCCGCUGCGGCUCUUGUAGUAUUAUUUAUGAUAACAAGCGUCUGCUACCUAGUUAGAGAAGUGGAAGUUUCUCAAAUUGUUAAGUAACAG